GGAUGCUUCACAUUUAUACAUCCGGUGAAAUACCUGGCUCAUUGUUGUAUCUGUGGUCAAAGUGGACGAGACGCUGAAUCGCUUCCCGUCUGUAUUAGUGACGGCCAGAUGCUGAAGAAACACUGCCGGUACUCUUUUGACAUUUUAGUCUUGCUGCACUAAAUUUCACUUCGAGGCGUCGGCAUCUAUACUUUUCAACAGCCUAUUUCUUCUACACUUCACCCAAUAACAAUUACUUAUUCUGAGGGCAUUUUCGAUCAAAUAAUGGCAAAUUCCGUUGCCUUUCACACUCAGCUAGCCUCCAUCAUGGAGGUUUUGGCUAACGCGGCCGUGGCUGAAAUCUGCGAGCUUGUUGACAAUGGCUAUGCGGUCCUGCAUUUGGAGAUAUCUCAAGGGCAGAAGGAGAAUGAAGCGUUGAGGAGAAAACUACGGAUGAUGGAGCUGAAAGUGUCUCGUGCGAGUGCCAUGAGAGCAGGAAUGGGAAGCUCAAUCCUCGCGCACAGUCGCUUUCGAACUCACGUUGGCAUGGAAUCGAAAAGGACAUCAAGCAGCGAGGUACAUUGUCAGAGAGAAGUUGAUUCCCAGUUGGUCACCAGCCUGUUUAGGGACGGAAAGUCCUCAGGUGAUACUGGACAGACUACCACACAGAGAAAGCCUGCUGCGUUGGAUGAGAUAAAGCCCAAAUCACUUACCAUCAAAGAGGAGAGGCAGGAAGAAGCCUGGGACAAUCAUGACCCACGAGAGAGACUGAGUACCGGCGCUUUAAAUCACAGUAUUGAUGGAGGAGAAAGGCAUUCCAACAUCGUCACAGAGGCUACUCAACCAAUCAGCAAACAGGAGAAUGCCAGCUCUUGUAAAUGGUAUAUGGUGAAGGAGAUGAAUAAGCCUGAGUGCAUCCAAUUCAAAGAGGAAAGACAGGAGGACACCAUAAGCCUUCAGAAUGACUCAAGGACAAAAGACACCCUCGGCGAGUGGGGUCAAGGCCAUGGUCUGCCAUUCAACGUCGACCGUGGAGCAAUUAGGAUUAAGUGCCUUGCUCAAGUGCAGAUCGACAGAUUUUGCACUUUGUCGGCUCAGGGAGAGCAGUGUUGAAUCAGGUGCUGAUGAAGACCAAAGGGGUGCGAUUGGACACACUCAGACCGACAGUCUCUUUGAGGACUAUGAUCCGCACAUCAACGCAGACCAAGAGAGGGAGCGCAAGAUCCAGAAGUUUCAGCAUACGAAUGUUGCACACCGUGUACGGAGGCAGGGAUACUCAGGCUUUUGGACACCAAGAAGCACUGAAACAGAUUCUGAGGAUCCAGCUUGCUCUUAUUCUGAGGAAAUUAGCCCCACUCAUGUCAAAGCUCACACAAAGCAACAACAACAGACUUCCGUAGCUGAGGAAAGCAAUUUGUUCGCUGUUGAAUCUCACAAUGUGAAACCAGUGUCUGCAAUGCUUGAUUCUGAACCCUAUGAAGAAAAAUAUAAAUCUAGCAGUAAUGAUAAUGAUUAUUAUGAUAAUGAUAGCAGUAAUAAUUUGCAUCCGCAAAACAGCAUCUCUUAUGAGACUAGUGAAAACUUUGGAAAUCUUGCUGGGAGGUGUUUCUCUAACAGUCAAGUAAAUAUUAGAGGGAACACAGCAAGGCCAAAGGUGGGCAUAGUUCAACGCUACAUGGCAGGACAUAAAAUACAACACGGGGUUGGCAAGCGAGAAAAACGGUUUGUUUGUGGCUUCUGCAGAAAAAGUUUCACUUGUCCAAAGUAUCUUCAGUCUCACCAGCGGGUUCACACGGGAGAAAAACCCUUCAGCUGCUCUCAGUGUGGGAAGAGGUUCGGCCAAGCUGUUUAUCUGAAGAAACAUCAGAACGUCCACACGGGAGAGAAACCAUUUGUUUGCCUACUGUGUGGAAAGCAGUUUGCGGAUGCAAGUAAUCUCAUCAGACACAAGAGUGUUCAUACAGGAGAAAGACCCUUCAUCUGAAUACAAUACUAUGCAUUGCUUGUUUUGUCACAUAAUCUGAAAUUAGUCGAAAUAUUCUCAUUUUUGCAACCAGGAAAUGACGGAGUGAUUCCUGCAUAUUGCACCUUUUAAUAUUCAUAUUUCAGAAGUGCUGUAAGCAAUAUAUGAAAGGUGUAAAACAAACAGCGAUUGUUACAACUAUUCGUAAUCUGAAAAAAUACUACCUCUAUUUAGGAAAACCACUCGUCCAAGCCAAUCACUCGAGUAAAAUGAUAUCCCACAAAGGCUCACAUAUCACAUUUUUGAACAAUUUAAGAAAUGCCACCACAUUCCUGACUUUCUAGGUUCUCAUCCAGUUAGGAUACAGAACCAGUAUCUUGUCAGCAACAGUUAAUCACACCAGGCUGUUGGAAGUUCUGACAUUUUCAAUAUAAAAGCACCCCACGUAAUAGUGGAAAAGUGUCAAUAACCUGUAUUUAUUCAUGAUAUGAAAAUACAUUUUCUAAACAUUAAUAAUGAUUUAUAUUUGUUCAUAUUUAAGUGACAUCUGCAUUAAAUGUGGAUUUUAAAUUGUUUUCUAAGGUCAAAUAAAGAGUAACAUUUCUGUAUGCAGAACAUACAAAUAUUGCACUGUACAGGAAGAAAUGUGGGUCCAGUCUACUCACUAUAGUCCCUAGAAUACAAAAUAGAUGAGUUUGAACAAAAAUCUAGGUCAUAAGAAGUGUUGCUGGAUUUUUAUUCCUCCCCCUCCAUAGCCUCCAAUGCAAUUCACUGUAUUUGGAAUACAUAUUGGACUGUAGAGAAUACACUUUACACCCUGUCUCAAAUAAACUGGGGUGGAAAACAUACUCAGUAGGGUCUCUACUAACCAAAUAUGGUAGUCUGGACCCUGAUUUUAUGGACACACAAUCGAUUGUUUUCCCCGCACAUUGAUACAUUUGUACUGUAUAAUGUCCAGGCACCCCACAUUAAGCUGUUUGACCACAGUAAAAGUCCAGUAAUACUUGCUAUGACCUAGCUUUUUGUUCAAACUCAUUUGUUUUGUAUUCUAGGGACUCUAGUGAGUAGACUGGACCCUGGUUUCAUGGACACACAAUCAAUAGUUUUCCCUGUACAGUGUAAUAUUUGUACCGUAUAGUGUCCAGGCAUCCCAUUUCAAGCUGUUUGACCACAGUAAAAGUCCAACAACACUUCCUUUUACCUAGAUUUUUGUUCACCCACCAUUUGUAUUCUAGGGACUCUAGUGAGUAGACUGGACCCUGGUUUUAUGGACACACAAUCAAUAGUUUUUCCCUGUACAGUGCAAUUUGUUUGUGCAAUACAACAAAAAUACAGUAAGACUUUGCUUAAACACUACAUUUCAAAAUUGCAUCCUUGAACAAUAGCACCAGUAAAUUAACAAGAUGUAUAUAAUAAAAAUGCUUUAUCUUUAUUUUAUUAAAGGUUUUUUAACCAGUAGA